GAAGGAAGCUGGUGAUAAAUACAAAUUGGAAGUUGAAAAGGUCGAGAAUGAGCGGCCAGAGCAAGCAGACGCAUCACUUGAUCUCNUGGAGAGUCAAGAGCGAGAACUCGAUGAGAUGAAAGUGAACAAUCAGUUGGAGUUGGACAGGCUCAAAGCGGAGCUAACGAAUUUGGAAGCGAAGUAUCAAAACGAACUGGAUGAUGAAAGAGAUCAAUUCAAUCAGAAUUUGGAAGGUAUGAAAGCAGAAGAAGAGAAUCUGCGUAAUAAGUUGACGGUUGCUGAAAAGAAGUUGGCGGAUGCAUUGGAACACGAAAAA